AUGUUAAAAAUUAUUCUCCCAACCAUAAUACUGAUUCCCCUGGCGUGACUAUCAAAAUAUAACAUAAUCUGAAUCAAUACAACAGCUUAUAGCAUACUAAUCAGCCUAAUUAGCCUAACAUAUUUUAAUCAGUCCCCAGACAAUAAUCUAAGCUUCUCAUUACUCUUUUUCGCAGACUCCUUAUCAGCACCCCUACUAACACUCACAACAUGACUUCUCCCUCUAAUGCUUAUAGCAAGCCAACACCACCUAUCGAAAGAAACCCUCAUUCGUAAAAAACUGUAUAUCACAAUAUUAAUCACACUUCAACUACUCCUAAUUAUAACAUUCACCUCCACAGAACUAAUUAUGUUCUACAUCCUAUUUGAAGCCACACUCAUACCAACACUAAUUAUUAUCACCCGAUGAGGCAACCAAACAGAACGCCUAAACGCUGGCCUAUACUUCCUAUUCUACACCCUAGUAGGCUCUUUACCCCUUCUGAUCGCUCUAUUAUGAACCCAGAACAAUCUAGGCACCCUACACCUACUGGUAAUCCAAUUCUGAGUUCAACCCCUGCCAAACACCUGAUCCAACACACUACUAUGAUUAGCAUGCAUAAUGGCAUUCAUAGUAAAAAUACCGCUAUACGGCCUUCACCUAUGACUCCCGAAAGCCCACGUAGAAGCCCCUAUUGCGGGAUCCAUAGUCCUUGCCGCCGUACUCCUAAAACUGGGAGGAUAUGGAAUAAUACGAAUUACCAUACUACUAAACCCACUAACAAACCACAUAGCCUAUCCCUUCAUGAUACUAUCCCUAUGAGGGAUAAUCAUGACAAGCUCUAUCUGCUUGCGCCAAACAGACUUAAAAUCCCUAAUUGCCUACUCCUCAGUAAGCCACAUGGCCCUAGUAAUCAUAGCAGUACUCAUUCAAUCACCAUGAAGUUACACAGGAGCAACAGCCCUAAUAAUCGCCCACGGUCUAACAUCAUCCCUAUUAUUCUGCUUAGCCAAUUCCAACUAUGAACGUAUCCACAGCCGCACUAUAAUCCUCGCACGAGGCUUACAAAUACUCUUACCAUUAAUAGCUGCAUGAUGAUUACUCGCUAGCCUAACCAACCUAGCCCUACCACCCACUAUCAACUUAGUAGGGGAACUAUUCGUAGUAAUAGCCUCAUUCUCAUGGUCCAACAUCACCAUCAUCCUACUAGGAAUUAACAUCACCAUCACUGCCCUAUACUCCCUGUUCAUACUAAUCACCACGCAACGCGGGAAACUCACACAUCAUAUCAAAAAUGUUAACCCAUCAUUCACACGGGAAAAUUCUCUAAUGGCCCUCCACCUAUUACCCCUACUACUCCUCUCACUCAACCCUAAAAUUAUCUUAGGCCCCAUCUACU